AAAAAUUAUCAUAUGUUACUUAGAACUUAAUAUUUCUAGUAAAAAUGGAGAAUUGGCUAAUAAUAUCACUUUUGUUGAUAAUAGUGUGUUUAAUAUUAAAUGAAGCAAUUCAAAAUAAAAAUUCGGAUAAUGAACAAAUAUACCAAUUUGAAGAUGGUACGACGAGAAAAGCUGCAGAAAAUGGAAACUUGGAGUUAUUAAAAUAUGCUUUUGAAAAUGGUUGUAAAUGGGAUGAAAUCACAACAAGAGCUGCUGCUGCUAAUGGGUAUUUAGAAUGUUUAAAAUAUGCACAUGAAAAUAAAUGUCCGUGGGAUGAAAGCACAACAGAAGCAGCUGCAGAUAAUGGUAAUUUAGAAUGUUUAAAAUAUGCUCAUGAAAAUGGCUGUAAAUGGAAUCCACAUAACAUUGUGAAAAGUGCUAUUAUAAGAGGCGAUCUAGAAAUUUUAAAAUAUGUCCUUAAUAAUGGAUUUCAAUGUGAUAAAAAAAUAUAUUAUAUGGCUGCCAUCAAUGGUAAUUUAGAAAAUUUUAAAUAUUUGCAUGAAAUUGCAUGUCCUUGGGAUGAAAACACAACAAAAAUAGUCGCAUAUUAUGGUCAUUUAAAAUGCCUAGAAUAUGCACAUAAUAAUGGAUGUCCAUGGGACGAGAGUACACCUUAUGUGGCUGCCAAAAAAGGUUAUUUAAAUAUUUUAAAAUAUGCGCAUGAAAAUAAAUGCCCAUGGGAUGAAAGCACAAUAUAUGCAGCUGCUUCUAACGGUAAUUUAGAGUGCUUAAAAUAUGCCAGUGAAAAUGGAUGUUAUUGGGAUGAACGUACAACUAUUGCGGCUGCUAUAAUUGGUAAUUUAGAUAUUUUAAAAUAUGCACAUGAAAAAAAAUGUCCAUGGGAUGAACGCACAACAGAUGCAGCUGCUUCUAGCGGUAAUUUAGAAUGCUUGAAAUAUGCACAUGAAAAUGGCUGUAAAUGGAAUCAAAAUAUUAUGGAAAAAGCAUUUUUAAAGGGUAAUCUAGACGUUAUAAAAUAUAUUCAUAAAAAUGGAUAUAUAUGGGACGAAGCAACUCUGCGUAAUGCUGCUGCAAGCGGUUGUUUCGAUUGUUUGAAGUAUGCCCACGAAAAUGGAUGUGAUUGGGUUGAAGGCACAAUUCGAGCUGCCGCAACAAGUGGUUGUAUUGAAUGUUUAAAAUAUGCUCACGAAAAUGGAUGUAUUUGGGAUAAGGGUACAACUAAAGCCGCUGCAGCAAGCGGCUGUUUAGGCUGCUUGAAAUAUGCUCAUGAAAAGGAAUGUAAUUGGGACGAAGAUACAAUAGCUGCAGCAGCUUUGCAUGGUAAGUUAAAUUGCUUAGAAUAUGCCCGUGAACGUGGAUGUGAUUGGGUUGAAGGUACCAUAAGAGGGGCGGCAGCAAAUGGACAUAUAGACUGCCUAAAAUAUGCUUAUGAAAAUGGGUGUCCCUGGGACGAAGGUACAACAAGAGAAGCUGCUGCGAGUAAUUAUAUUAAAUGUAUAAUAUUUGCCUAUCAAAACGGAUGCAAAUGGAAUGAAGGAACAACGAGUGGUGCUGCUGCAAAUGGUCAUUUAGACUGCCUAAAGUAUGUUCAUGAAAAUCAAUGUCCAUGGGACGAAAGCACAACGAGACUUGCUGCUGCAAAUGGUGAAAUUUUUUGUUUAACUUAUGCUCAUGAAAAUAAUUGUCCUUGGAGUAAAGGUACCAUUUCUGAAGCUAUUCGAAAUGAUUAUACUUAUAUCAUUAGCUAUGCUACUGAAAAUGGCUGUCUUAAUUAAUGUUCUAUUGAAAUAUCAUAAUUUUUAUUAUUAUUUUUAAAAUAAAUUAUCUGGAUCUGAUUUAUCUUAUAUAAUUAGUACUUAAAAUAAUAAUAAAAAAAAUAUUCUCGAAAUUUU